AUGUCAGAAUUUUCAGGACUUGGUAUAGUGAUGGAAGAACACGAACCUGAGACAAAAAGGCAAAGCAUCGUAACGGGUCUAACUGACUCAGAAGUUUUGUUACCUCCCUUACCUGAUGAAGAAGGCUUUGAGUCUCCACAUACUAUUGACACGGCCGCUGAAUCAUCUUUAGACGAUGGGUCGUUGGACGAAUCAAGAAGAGACUCUGAAUUUUCAAAUUUUAUAAGUCAAAGACCAAGCUUUUCAAACUAUGAGCUAGGUGCACCGAGUUUACUUGACAAUAUUCUGAUAUUGUCAUCACCAACAUCUACAACUUUCAUUAGUAAAGAAAAAGAAAAAGAAAAGGAAAGGGAGACUAAAGAUAAUCCUUUGAAGAGAUUAAAGAGCUUAAAGAAGGGUUUGAGAAAUCUUUCACUUUCAAGCUCUAGUAACCCUAAAGUGCGACCCACAUUAAGUCCUCUUCAGACACAUACGAAGAAUCUUAGUAAUGACUCAUCUAUCUCAACUAUAGACAGCAUACAAUUCAAGGCAAAUAGAUCGAGAACACAUUCAACGCCAACUUCCUUAACCGCACCAGUUACACCACCUAUUGCAUCACCAAUGAUCAUGCUCUCAGAGAACAUAGCCUGUUCAAAGAAAAGUUUUUCAGAUAUAGAGAAAACCUUCUUUGAGACUAUAAGUCUUGAUAAAAUUUUUGAUAGUAAUGAAGAUUAUGAUAUCCAAAAAAUUUCUUCGAUUGACGAGUUAAAGACAGCGAAGGAAUUAAUUAGGUACUCCUCUUACUUGAAAUUUCAAAGAAAAUCGAUGGUUGAUGCCUUUGAGUUGACCAAAUCGAGGUUACAAGGAUCUGGUUGGUGUUCCGAAUAUGACCUACACAGUUUACAAUUGCAACAAGAUUCUUUGUUCUGCGAUAUAGAUACCAAAUUAUUGCAGACUGAAGAGAGACUAAACAGAGAAUUCAAUUUGUCAUGCAUGGGAAACAGCAAGACUCCGAAGACAAGUGGUAAAAGCAGCUCACGUUCCUCAUCUACAUCAUUGCUGUGUGACAUGCCCGAUAGUCCGAGUCUUAAAAUUUUGGAGUCCCGUUGCUUUUCAAUUGCUGACCUUUAG